AUCCAAGUUGAUUCAUCCUGAAGUUUCACCCGAGCCUCGGCGGCUCCUUUUACUUAUUCCGACCUCCGCUUCCUAAACUGGGAGAAACCGCAGCCGUCAAAACUAUUGAAUAUCGGUUUUGCGCAUAUUAGGAAAAUGAAAAAUGAAACCACCAAAUGAAAGUUGAGCAUUACACUUAUCAAAAGAGGAAACUCGUACUCCUACUCUGCAGAUGUCGCUACAGCUUUUCCCAAAUUAUUCGGAUGGACCGCGGAGGGAAGCUGGACCCAAGCCCUACUGAGCAGGAGCCCGGUGUCCGCGUCUGGGCCGGGGAGGGGAGGGUGCCUGGGGCCGGGCGCCUGACAGCCGCAUCGGAGCGAAGCGGGCUGGCUACACGGUUGCUAAGCGCGCCGGGGGAACCGAACCGUCCGGAGAAUGUGGGCGUGGCUUUUAGGUUUGUCCCGCAGCUCUUCCAGUCUGAGCGAAGGCUGAUAUCGUUUUAUUCCAAGUUUCUGUCGUGGUUGGACUAAGGACUUCGGAUCGCACUUCCCGCUAUAAGCAAAGUGACGUGGCGAAGCGGCGGGGCUGACGUCUCGUCCUCGAACCCGCAAGGCAGGAAGUUCGUCCGUGACUGACGGCAACGGUGGCCCCAGGGGUCGGGGCCAUGCAGGCUGCCCGAUGAGGCCAUGUGCUCUGCUGUCGGGCUGCCUGGAUCCCGCAGCCUCUGGUGGUCAGCAAUGUAGCUGGUCAUCACUUGGAUCUCAGAGGACCUGAAGUGAGAGACCCAAAGCCCCACCGGAAAGGGACUCCCACUCGGUUGGCUAACAUCACUGUCAGAGGUCAGCUGGACAAGCAGUAUGCAGGAAGCUGCCUCGCUGAACCAUAAUCAUUCAACAGAGUGCAAGUUCCACUGCGCCAAUGGCAACUGUUUGGGUUUCAUCUCGUUAAUCUGCAACCAGCUGAACAACUGUGGGGACAACAGUGACGAAGAGGACUGUCCAGCCGUCACCCAGCACCCCCCGUCCGGCCUCUUCCACUCUGAACUGCAGUUUGUUCAGAUCAUCCUCAUCAUGGUGGUAAUGGUUGUCAUGGUGGUGCUGAUCAUCUGUUUGCUGAACCACUACAAGUUCUCCGGCUGCUCCGGUAUGACGCGGCAGAGCCAGGGCAGCAGGCAGGAGGAGAUGCUACAGCAGGGACCAUCUGCAUGGCCACAGGAUAGCACAGCACCAACACAAGGAGCUUCUGAGGCAGCUUACGCACAGCGUGAGAGGCUCACGGCUCCCGCUUUCAUGCAGCAGGACCGGUUCUGCCGCUUCCAGCCCACCUACCCCCCCCAGCAGCACCAGAUCGACCUGCCGCCCACCAUCUGCCUGUCGGAUGGGGAGGAGCCCCCUCCCUACCAGGGCCCCUGUACGCUGCAGCUGCGGGACCCUGAGCAGCAGAUGGAGCUCAGCAGGGAAUCAGUGCGCGCGCCACCCAACCGCACUGUCUUUGACAGCGACCUGAUCGCCGUGCACCCGCCCAGCAGCAACUCAGGCAUCAGCGCCUCCCGCUCUGCCAGCCACGGGCACAUGGAGGGGCCCCCGCCCACAUACAGUGAGGUCAUGGGCAAACAUCCAGCCUCCUCUUUUUUUCCUCACCAGCACGGCGAUACCCCUCCCAUCCUGCAGGGGGCAGCUGCUCAAACACUCCAGCACAGCAGCAGUGAAAGCACAACAGUACCCAUUAAGAUCAGGGACAGUCAGAGGGACAAACAGGUGUGAGGCGAGGGGUGGGGCUGUGUUUUCUGCCCUGCCCCAAACAUUGAAGGGGUGUGGUGUUCCGUGGAAGACUCCAUCACCUGCCUCAACAUCCACCCUCACUGUAGCAGCAAUGAAAGAUGUUUGAUAUUUGACCCAAAGCAACCUGGAUAACGGUUAGCAGAGCUGCCUAGUCUGUUUUCCAUAUGUACUGUGCUAGUUGAGGGAUUUUCAUUAAUUAAAGAAACAUGUAUUUUAUGAGGAUUUGUGCACAAAAAAACAAUCAAAAUUAACAUCUUUGUGCCAAGAGCUGUGUGGGACUUGGGGGAUUUUACUUGACAGAAGUCUGGUCGUUUGCACUACUCGCCGUUCAAAGGGAUGGAGGGAAAUGUCAUUUUAUUUGUGUGUUUUACUCCUGGAUUCAAGGAGAGCUUCAGCCGUUCCUCCCCGUCAGAAUGAUGCCCGAAUAUUCUAUGUACAUUUUUCACCUUUUAUUGCACUUAAAGGCAUGUGAAAAUGUCUCCGUGAGGUGUAGCGUGGUCCUCGGGCCUCCGAAUGGUCGUGUCACCCCAGGACGUGGUGAACGUAUGAGUCACACUCCUCCUCGGUGCUCUCCUCCCUCACCCUCGCGGGUCCCUCAGCCCUCCCCCCCUUCCUGCUUUCAGCUUCUUAUCUACUUGUACCUUUGCAGAUCCAUUCACAAAUGAGGGCGGUUAUUGUCAUCUGGUUUUCUGAAGCUGAGCAAUGUGUGGAUCUCCUGUGUGUGAGGGCUGCCUGUGUAGAGCUCGACCUUGAGAAGCCGCCAGCACGUCCUCCCUGUCCCUGUACUCUCCAAACAUCCCCGUUUCCAUCCAGAUGGUCCGUCUCACACAGUCAGAGUGCUUAUAGACCCAAUGAAAAGAAGCCUAACCCCUUUGAUUUGGUACUCAGGACAUAGCUGGUUGGCGGCUUUUCUUUGGAGAUCUUCCACAGCAGUGAGGAGGGAAAGGGGAGCUCCCCAUGUCCGUGGAGUGUUUUGUCUUGGUUGGGAUCAGAGAAUUUGCAUAUCUUAUUGCUUGCCAUUAAUUUCUGCAGUUGACUGCCGUAUAUAUAUAUUUUUAACAUUUUUUUAUUUUGAGAUGUGGCUCAUGACUUUAUUGAAAUGAUGCAAAUACUGGACAGGCUACCAAAGUAACGAUGGAAGUCAGGGGGAGUCCUCUGGGUGGGGUCCUGUGGGUCCAAAUACCAUCCCCCCCCAGCUUAGCUGUUCCAGAGAGUGAUGCUAACAUGCACCCAUGACGCCAUCACUAACAGAUCAGCCAACUAACCUGCUUCGUUCACUGAUAAAACGUCACUGCAGUCUGACCCCCCCCCCAUAUUAUUUAAACCCCACCCACUGGGGUUUGUGCAUCGGGGCAACAUAUGUCAUGGUAACUGACCUUCCUUGCGAUUGUGCUGUACUCCGGGAAAAAAAAGCACUUAACCAGUUUAAUAAGGUAAUAAUUGUGAUUAAUAUAAUAAUUAAAUUAGAUCCGGUUCCGGGCUGCUUUCUGAGACGCCGGCAGCAAGGCUCCAUUCCCAGCUUACUUAGCAGUUGGGGGCCGGGAAUCUCCUCCAGAAGUGACUCAAUUAUGUCUCCAUCUGUGGACAAUCACGGCAAAUCCAUGUUCAUAAAGGCAGCUUUGGUCGCCAUGUUGGCUUGGGAACAGUGUGGGUAGCAGAGAGGGUUAUGUUCUGUAACGGUCAUGCGUGGAGGUACCACCCCCAGCAUUCGGGUGAAGACAGGGCUGUUCGUUUUGGGGGGGGGGGGGGGGGUAGGUUAGUGUGUACAACCCCAAUAUUUAACUCUGCUUAAUUUGUCUCCCUCUAAUACAUAGAUAUUUGCAUUUGAAUUAUGAAACUGUCCACAAUUAAAUAUUAAAUUCUCUCAUAUCGCAUUUGGGUGGAGGCUCUUGCCGUCUUGCGGUGACCCCCCAAACUCCACCUCCUCCUCUUCCUCGGCAGAUGGCGCACGUGUAUGUGACACAAGUACAGCACCCACUUGCUGAAAACAGGUGAUUCCAAUGCAGGGAUGCCCCCCCCCACUGGUACAUCAAAGCAUUAAGUGUUUCCACAGUGUAGAUGUAUGUACCCCCCAGUCACCUGUCUCACGCUUGUUUAUAAGGUGCUGAAUAUAAGAAUAUGAUGCACAUACCCUCUCCGAUGGGUAGAUCUACCAGAAAACAGUGUGAAUAAUGUAAUAUACUGUACAGAUAAUAAAAUGAACUGGGCAGGUGUGUUUUUUGUAAACAGAACAGUGAGAUGCUUUAAUACUGGUUACGGAACAAAUACAGUGAACUGCCUGUUUUAUUUUCCUAUGAAAAAUAUAAGUAAUGUAUGGAUGAAACAGGAUGGCAAUAUCUCGGCCUCAAACAAGACGUCACAACUCACCCUUCCCCCCCAUGACAGAUAGCUCACCAUCACCACCACAGUCACCCUGGUACCAUGAAAGGAAAGGUUACCUGGAGCCACGCAUCUCAGGAGUCCUCGCGUUCCCCGGACAUGUCCCCGAAAGCACGCCCCCCCCCCCCCCCCAGGACGUCCACAGAAGACAUGCAGAACUAAUAAUCCGCUGCUGGACAUUUGUUUGCUUUAUUGAAAAUAAUAAUGCACAUGAAAUGUGUGUAAUUUUUGCCUCUUAACAUUGGAGCCAUAUGAUGUCAUAGGUCUGUCGCAGGAAGGAUGGCAAGUGUUUAGUCGCGGUUGCUAAAAGCUGUAGCGGUUGGACAUACAGACUUUAUGCUUGUACUUAUGCUGUGGUGAAACUGCGGCCGCCAUUAAAACCCUUUAAAAACACAGCA